AUGCCCGUCCCAACCGCCGAGCUCUUCGACAAGCAGAACAAAGCAAAUGGCACAAACUCCACGACAAAUGGGCACUCCAAUUCCAGUACAGAGCAAAAUUCCAACGAAAGCUACUUCACAUCUACUGGCGGCGCGCCCGCUGCGUCCGGUUCGUCGGCGCAGAAUGGGGAGAGUGGUCGCGCUCUGACCCGUGAGGAGGCGGAUCGCUUGUAUGAGGAGCGGAUGGAGGAAGAAUAUGCUAAGAGAGAUGGUGGCGCUUGA